CAGGGUCCAGCCAUAAUGCUUUUUUAUUUUGUUUCCCUCAGGCGUAAAAAGGAAAGUCGUGAACCGCAUACACAUGCUAAGUAUGCUCACAAACUCCAUGGCCUCAAGGCCAAACUAUACAAUAAAAAGCGCCGGCUUGAAAAAAUACAGAUGAAAAAGACACUAAGAAUGCAUGAACAACGCCAGACAAAAACAAGAGACAGCAAGGAUGUCCCUGAAGGUGCUGUGCCUGCAUAUCUAUUGGACAGAGAAGGGCAGUCACGGGCUAAAGUGCUCAGUAACAUGGUCAAACAAAAGAGGAAAGAGAAAGCGGGAAAAUGGGAUGUACCACUUCCUAAAGUGAAAGCUGUGGGGGAAGAUGAAGUUUUCAAAGUUAUAAAAACUGGACGAUCUAAAAAGAAAGCAUGGAAACGCAUGGUUACCAAAGUCUGUUAUGUUGGUGAGGGCUUUACAAGAAAACCUCCAAAGUAUGAGAGAUUUAUCAGACCAAUGGGUUUACGUUUCAAAAAGGCUCAUGUCACACAUCCCGAGUUGAAAGCAACUUUCUGUCUACCCUUGAUUGGCGUGAAAAAGAACCCCCAAUCACCAAUGUAUACACAACUAGGAGUUAUAACAAAAGGAACUGUUAUUGAGGUUAAUGUAAGUGAACUUGGCUUAGUGACACAAGGUGGCAAAGUUGUAUGGGGUAAAUACGCUCAAGUCACGAACAAUCCAGAAAAUGACGGUUGUAUUAAUGCUGUAUUACUGGUAUAACAACUGAAAAGUAGGAAAUGAAGUUGUAAAUAAAAGAAUUUGACCUUA